UAAUAGAAAAAAAAUGGCUGACACGUGCGUAGUUUUUUUUCCCAUCAUCAUCAAUGUUAAUUUAAUUUUUUUUUUGUUGUUUCAAUUUUCUUUAUUACUCAAAAACUCGGUGACCAGCAUCAAUAACAAUUGCGGACAAAUAAAAUAUUUGAACUCCCCCCACCAACAAAAGAAAAAAAAAUGUCACGAAUAAAACAAGCACCAAAACAUUAUUCAAUACAAAUUACUAUUCGUAAACAGAAUUCAAAGAUGGAAAAAAAGAAAACAAAAUCAUCAUCAUCAACAACAACAACACCGAAAAAGAAUAAAACUAAAUCAAAAUUGUUGGAACGAUCAGUUAUUGAUUUUGAAACAAAAUCCGAAUUAUUAAAACAAAAACGUUAUCGACCAGGUACAAUGGCUUUAAGAGAAAUACGUAAUUAUCAAAAAUUAAAUAAAUUAUCAAUACCGAAACAAAAUUUUCAACGUUUAAUUCAAAGUUUAACAAAUGAUAUAUAUGGUAAUGGUAGAUAUCGUAUGCAAAAAUCAGCUAUUGAAGCAAUACAAGAAGCAUCCGAAAGUUAUUUAAUUAAUUUAUUACAUGAUACUAAUCUAUUAGCUAUACAUGCUAAACGUGUAACGAUAAUGCCUAAAGAUUUACGUUUAGCAAUACGUAUUCGUGGUGGUGGUGGUGGUGGUCAAUGAUGAAUAAUGUAAUCCUUUCGAUUUUGAAUGAAAAUGACUGAAUGGCUGGCUGGAGAAAUUGGAAAUUUUGCACAUUACCG